AUGCAUUGCGGCCGUUCGUUUCUAGCUUCCGGUCCUCAGAAGCUACACGUUGCUAACAGACGUUGAUGCAGAUGUUAUACCGAAUGUAAUGUGUUUAAGAGACUUUUAAAACACAUACAAUGAGCUAGUUUAUCCUUGGACGGUGAUUUAUCCGUGCUUUUGUCCGUUAAACCGUGUUUUUGUUGCCUCCCGUUCUUUGUUCGUAGCUUUGUAUACCACGUGGCUGAUCGGUAAACACAAGUAAAGGCAUUAAAGGGAGAUUAGUGUGUUUUAACGGCAGUGUUUUAUCAAGGAGAAGAAAGACUGAGGAACCAGGACGAAGAGGAGAGAGAGCUGUAGUUGUGUUGAUUAUUUCAGAGACACAGCCGGAGAAGGAGCACUGAGAGCAGCAUGGAGGAGAAUAAAAAGACCCCUGGAGCUCAGAAACUGAAAGGAAGGGAAAGACGUCACGGCUGUCAGCAAUGUGAAAAAUACUUUACAACAUCUGCACAUUUAAAGUGCCACCUGCAUAUUCAUACAGGAGAACAACCGUACAGCUAUGACGAGUGUGGGAAAACAUUCAGGGAAUCAGGUAAUCGAAAAAAACAUAAACGUAUUCACACUGGAGAAAAGCCGUACAGCUGUGAAGAGUGUGGGAAAAAUUUCACUGCAUCAGGUGAUCUCCAAAAACAUGAACGUAUUCAUACAGGAGAAAAACCGUACAGCUGUGAGUUGUGUGGGAAGACAUUCAGGGAAUCGGGUAAUCUAAAAAAACAUAAACGUAUUCACACUGGAGAAAAACCGUACAGCUGUGAAGACUGUGGGACAACGUUCAAGACAUCAACUGAACUCAAAUCACAUCAACGUAUUCACACUGGAGAAAGACCGUACAGCUGUGAAGAGUGUGGGAAGACAUUCACGGAAUCGGGUAAUCUAAAAAAACAUCAACGUAUUCACACUGGAGAAAAACCGUACAGUUGUGAAGAGUGUGGGAAGACAUUCACGGAAUCGGGUAAUCUAAAAAAACAUCAAUUUAUUCACACCGGAGAAAAACCGUACAGCUGUGAAGAGUGUGGGACAACAUUCACUCAAUCAGGUGAUCUCCGAAAACAUCAACGUAUUCAUACUGGAGAAAAACCGUACAGCUGUGAAGAGUGUGGGAAAACAUUCAGGGUAUCAAGUGCUCUCCAAAAUCAUCAACGUAUUCACACUGGAGAAAAACCGUACUGGUGUGAAGAGUGUGGGAAAAUGUUCACUCAAUCAGGUGCUCUCCAAAAACAUCAACGUAUUCACACAGGAGAAAAACCGUACUGGUGUGAAGAGUGUGGGAAAACGUUCACUACAUCAAGUGAUCUCCAAAAACAUCAACGUAUUCAUACUGGAGAAAAACCGUACUGCUGUGAAGAGUGUGGGAAAACGUUCACGACAUCAAGUAAUCUCCAAAAACAUCAACGUAUUCAUACUGGAGAAAAACCGUACUGGUGUGAAGGGUGUGGGAAAACGUUUUCUCAAAGUUCUCACCUUAAGCUCCACGAGCGAAUCCACACCUUAUAGUUUUGAACAACUAUGAGAGCCAAGCUAGCUGUUUCCUCCUGCUGAUGUCCUGAGAGCUGUAUUUUUAUAUUUGAAGAGUCUUUCUGAAUUGAAGUCUCGUUUGAUGUCCCUGGACAAGCCCUGAGGUCCUCUUCAGUUUUUUAAAUGUCCCUAAAAUCCCCCAAAAUAAAAUGGGUGAGGCUUUUAUCCACUACGCUCCCAAACUGUGGAACACCAGGAAAUAUCAGAGAGGCUCAGUGGACAUUUUUAAACGCCUUCUAAAGACCCAUCUCUUUAGAUUAGCUUUUUAUUAGCAACCCCCCACUUUAAAUGGUCUUUUAGUCUUUAUUAUUUACCUACUUUUAUAUUGUUUCAUUUAUGAUAUAGGAAGGGUUUUAUCUUAUAUUAGUUAUUUAACAGUUUCAAUAGUAACAUUAAUUUUUACGUUGGUUUCUUUAUAUUUUGAUCGUUUAACCUUUAUUAGAGUUAUGUCGUUUCUAUUACUAUUCAUUUGUAUUUCUGUUGUACCUAUAUGUUCACUUUAUUUUAUAGGGUUUUAUAUUGUUGCAUCUAUUCACUUGUCUUGUGUCUUAUCUUUCCGAGAGAAAUCAUAAUUUAGUUUUCAUAAUCCUUCUCCUCUGGACGUGAUGUGUGCAGCAUGUGUAGUGUGUUGUCUCUGUGUGAGACCUGUUAGUUUCACUUGUUCAUUGUUAGAUGUGCUUCAGUUUCUUUGUGCAUUGAGUACUUCAGUCACUUUCUUUUAGGAGAAAGUUGUUCUCAGUUCAUCUUAAGUUUGUUUUGUAUAUUUGCUGGUGAGCCUUCUUCGUUUUCAAAAAAAUAAACUAUCUACUAAUUUUGCCAAAUCA